AGGUCAAAAUAUCGCAAAAAAAAAAAAACUCCAUUGUGAUCUCUUGAGUAUUGCCGAUCUGUGAUAGGUCUCCAUUGAAGAUCCUAGAAUCUAGAGGAGGACUGGAGCUUCUUUGGGCCGAUGUGAGCAACCGGUUCUUCUUCAUUUGAUUUGGCCUAGUAUUCUUUUAAGCUCUGCAGCAAUGGAAUCAAAUGAAAGCUCUGAGCACACAAUGAUGAUUGCGGAUGGUACACCACUUAUUGCACAGAUUGAUCCCAAAAAAGCUCGUUUUCCAUGCUGCCUCGUGUGGACACCACUCCCUGUCUUGUCUUGGCUGGUUCCUUUUAUUGGUCAUGUUGGUAUAUGCAGAGAAGAUGGAGUUAUUCUAGACUUUGCUGGGCCAAAUUUCGUUUGUGUAGAUAACUUUACAUUCGGCGCAGUUGCUCGCUAUGUCCAAAUAAGUAAAGACAAGUGUUGCAAUUUGCCUCGUACAGAUUUGCGCGUAAACGAAGAUGAUGUGUACGAACGAGAAGAGUCUGGAAGUGGCAUAUUAAUCUGGGACGAUGCCUUGAGAAAGAGCACGCAAGAAUUCCAACAUCGAGCUUACAAUCUUUUAACAUGCAACUGUCAUUCCUUUGUGGCCAACAACUUGAACAGACUAGGGUUUCACGCUGGUGGGUGGAACGUUGUGAAUGUGGCGAUUAUCCUUUUCUUGAAGGGGCAAUGGGUAGAUACGGCUUCUAUGGUGCGAUCCUAUCUCCCAUUUUUCAUAGUGUUUAUUUUGGGUAUCACCUUCGGUGGAUGGGCUUUCUUCACCUUCUUGUCCGCCUUCGCAUUCAUCCUUGUUGGUUGGUUUCUUCUCGGCAGUUACUGUCUUCGGAACAUAAUUCAGUUGUAGCUUUUAUUUUCCUCUUAUUGUUGGCUUAAUGGAUCUCUACAACAUUUCUUUUUGUCCAAUGAAAGUAUCUCCAAGUUUUCCAGACAAAAAAAAGUUAGAUAGUACAACAAAAAAUAAAUAAAUUUAAAAUUA